UCUGUUUUCAGGUGGCCGCGGUAGAAAGCGAUGCAAACAGAAAGCAUCUGACAGCCUGACGGGUCGUCAGCGUUUGUUUGGAGCCAGAUUCCUUCUGGGAGUUGUAGUCCAUCCGGAGACGGUCGGUUUCUGCAGAUGACAUGGAGGUGACGGCAAAGGAGCGGCGGCAGGUGGAGGAGCAGGUGGAGCAGCUGCUGAGCGGCCAGGGGUCAGAGGUCACCCUCUGUGACGUGGGUCUGGAGCUGAGCAAGCCAGCGGCUCUGAGGAAGAACGUAUCCUACAUCGUCUGCGGCGUUAUUUUCAACGAUAAGGAGGAGGUGCUGAUGGUGCAGGAGGCCAAGCAGGACUGCUACAAGCAGUGGUACCUCCCCGCAGGCAGGGUGGAGGUGGGGGAGAGCCUGGAGGAGGCGCUGAGGAGGGAGGUGAAGGAGGAGGCGGGCUUUGACUGCCAGCCAAUCACGCUGCUGCUGGUCCAGGAGCAGGGCCCGCAGUGGAUCCGCUUCAUCUUCCUGGCCCGGCUCACAGGAGGAAGCAUCAAGACUCUGACGGCAGCAGACCAGGAGUCCCUUCAGGCGUCCUGGUGGGACAGACAGUCGUCCCUCCCCCUCCGAGGACGGGACAUCCUCCGCCUCAUCGAAUACGGACUCAGGUACCACAGGAAUCCAUGGCACCCGGCCACGCUGCCGCUGGACAUGAGCUGCCGCCACAUCGUCCAGCGGCUCCUCCUGGUGUUUGUCGGCGCCGAGAAGCGGCUCUGGAUCCUGCUGACCCGAGCCCCGACGCUCCACCCCCCCACGGCGGCGGCCCUGAGGACCCACGCUGUGACCUGGGCCGCCAACAUGGUGGUCCAGGAGGCCAUGCCGGCGUCCUACUACGACCACGACGUCAACACGCUGGGCGUGAUCAGCCUGCAGCACGACGGCCGCCAGCACGGCAAGACGGACGGCGUCUGCUUCAACACGCUGGCGGCGCUGGUGCCGGACCGGCCGCAGCGGGACGAGGACGGUUUGGCGGAGGAGUGGCCGGCGCCGCUGACGCCUCCGGCGGUGGAGAACCCGCGGUACGUCUGGGUGGAGGUGCAGGAGCCCGCGCUGAAAGAGAGACUGCUGCGGGAAACCCAGAACCCCGCCCUGGUGCCGAUCCACAGCCUGUACUGAGCCCGGCACCGUGCACGAGCACGUGCACACAGGAAGUCGCUGUUGUUGGACUCUUAUUGUGAAGGAACACACGUUUCAGGUCUGAUUCUGGACUCAUGUAAUAAUGAGACCCCAGCUGCUGUUCCCUAGGAACCAGGGUUCUCCUGGUAUCUCCAGCUUCUGGGGCCUCGUGGUCAGGAGCUGCACUG